AUGCUUUCUGACCCUACUACGGCCAACGCUUCGAUUGAGCUUCUAGCGUUGCAGGAAUGGGAGGAACUCUCUACUGCUGAAACUGCUUUCUUUUUCCAGAGGUCUCACAUAAAUUGGCUUUCUGUCGGAGAUGGAAACUCCAGGCUGUUUCAUAGGUAUGCAGCAUCCAGACAGGCCAUAAAUCACAUUCAUUUUCUCACUUCGGAGUCGGGGGAACGAAUUGAUUCUCAAUCAGGCAUACAAGAGCUGUGCGUGGUCUACUUCUCAGACCUCCUUGGCGGCACGGUAUCAGAGCCCAUGUUUAUACAGAGCGAUCUUGACCUUCUCUUCGAUUUCAGAUGCUCCACACAACAGGCUACAAACUUUCAGAAACCCUUCUCGGCUGAGGAUAUCAAAGAAGCCUUUUUCACUCUGCCUAAGAAUAAAACAGGUGGCCCGAUGCAAUGGAAUGCUGCCAACUUAGUGCUUAUACCCAAAAAGCUUAACGCGUCUCAUCCUUCCGACUUUAGACCCAUCUCCUGCCUCAACACGCUUUAUAAAGUGAUCUCAAAGCUACUUGCUUCAAGACUUAAGGAGAUCCUGCCCUUAAUGGUCUCUAAAUCACAAUCAGCGUUCCUCCCGGGGAGACUUCUUGCGGAAAAUGUGCUUCUAGCAACAGAUCUGGUCAACGGUUACAAUACACAGAACCAGACUCCCCGAGGCAUGCUAAAGGUGGACUUAAGGAAAGCAUUCGAUUGUGUCAGAUGGGAUUUCAUCAUCGCCUCUUUACGUGCGAUUGCCAUUCCGGAAGGUUACAUCAGCCUCAUCAAAGAAUGCCUCUCCACAGCUUCUUUCUCUGUUUCAGUUAACGGAGCUUCGAGUGGCUUUUUCAAGAGUACUAAGGGUAUCUGUCAGGGUGAUCCGCUGUCGCCGUAUCUAUUUGUUCUGGCUAUGGAGAGUUUAUCCCGACUGCUUCUCUCUCGAUAUGAAAUAGGCAUUAUUGGCUAUCACCCGCGAACACAACAGCUGAAGAUCUCUCACCUCAUGUUUGCGGAUGAUGUAAUGGUUUUCUUUGAUGGAACGAGCAACAGUCUUCACGGUAUAGCUGAAUGCCUGGAUGAUUUUGCUUCCUGGUCUGGCUUACACAUGAACACUCUAAAAACAGAGCUGUUUACUUCGGGAUUAGAACAAAGGGAGUCUGAUGCGAUUGCUUGCUACGGUUUCCCCUCUGGUAACUUCCCCAUCAGGUACCUUGGUUUGCCUCUCAUGAGUCGUAAGCUUAAAAUAGCUGAAUAUGCUCCCCUCAUGACCAAGAUUAACAGAAGUUUCCACUCGUGGUCUGCUAAACUGUUCUCGUUCGCGGGACGGCUUCAGCUACUGAAGACAGUAAUUUUUGGCAUGGUUAACUUCUGGAUGUCGGCUUUCCUUCUCCCUAAGGGCUGUAUCAAAUCCAUUGAAUCUCUGUGCAUCAGAUUCUUAUGGUCAGGAAACACGGAUAAGAAAGGCAUAGCCAAAUUAGCUUGGACUACGGUUUGUCUACCCAAAAUAGAAGGCGGACUUGGUCUGCGAAACUUAUCUACCUGGAAUCAAGUCUUAUGCCUUAAAUUCAUUUGGAUUUUGCUGUCUAAAACCCCAUCGCUGUGGGCUGAUUGGCACUGGAGUAUUCACCUGCAAAAUAAAUCUUUUUGGGCGGUUGAAGUCUCUGUUAACGACUCUUGGGCAUGGAAGAAGUUGCUGGAUUUGAGACCCCUGGCGAUUAACUUCUGCAAAGUCAAAUUGGGCAACGGCAAAACAGCGAGCUUUUGGUACGAUGUGUGGACUCCUUUGGGACAGCUAAUUAACUAUAUUGGCCCCAAUGGCCCAAGAGCUCUUCGAAUAAGAAAGGAUGCCAAGGUUGCGGAUGCAAUUAUUGAAGGAUCAUGGACCUUACCUCACCCUAGAUCGCAGAAGGAAGUUGCUCUACACUCUCAUCUUACCACUCUCUCGCUGCCUCUAGCUAUAGACAUUGAUGAUGAAUGUGAAUGGAUUGCUGGUGACUCUCCCCUUUGUUUUUUCAGGGCAAAUACUACAUGGGAGGUACUUCGGCCAAAAGAAGAUGUAAAGCCAUGGGUGGACGUGGUGUGGUUCAAAGGAGCGAUACCAAAGAACUCUUUCACCAUGUGGAUAGCGAACUACGACAGACUUCCGACUCGGGCGCGUCUUGCUAGCUGGGGCAUGCCAAUCUCCCCUCUAUGCUGCUUCUGCUCCUCCACCGAGGAAACCAGAGACCAUCUUCUUCUGUCUUGCGAUUAUAGUCAGGAUGUCUGGAGGGAAGUGUUUCUAAGAUGCCAACCUCCUUCAUCAGCAAUAACAAAUUGGGCAGAGCUCCUCUCUUGGAUCAGAGCCCCCACCUCCACAAAGUUUUCCUUACUAAGGAAACUAGCGGCUCAAACUGUUAUCUCUCACCUUUGGAAACAAAGGAACAACCUGCUUCAUAAUCAAACCUCUGUUCCUGCUGCCUCUGUUUUCCGAAACAUUGACAGAGAACUAAGAAACAUCAUCUCAGCUAGGAGAACUAGGAAAACUUUCAAUUCACUCAUGUUUUUACUGGAAGAAACUGUAGUAGAAGUUGCUGUUGGAGCUGCUCUAACAACCUUGUUCCAACAGUGUAUGAGUAAUCUGUACCCAACACAAACUAUGGCAAGAGAAAAAUAUGGGAUGUAUGGCAGCAGCACCAUAACACCUUGCAACACUCAAAACUGCAGAGAUACGAAUAGAACACAACGACUAGAGUACUACAACGACAACUCGAAUCCUGGGAAGUUACAUUCUACACAAGCAGCCACCGAGACUUUACCAAACAAAAGACAAAAUGGAAUAUAA